GGUAGACUCAAUGUCGACCGCCAUCAUGGUAAGUAGAAAGAAAUAUUUCUCCUCGAUUUGUUCGCUUAAUGGAAAGCGAUUCUACAGUACUAGAACCAUAAGAAGUAAAAUAACAUCAUAUACUUCUAAUGAUGUUGAUAUAAGUUAUAAUGUUUAUGAUUUAUAGGAGAUUUUUGUGAUGGUGCGUCGUGAAAAGACAACAAUCUUCCUUGAUUGUAAGGAAGCCACAACUGUCUACGAGCUAAAGAAAAUGGUCGAAGGCAUCUUAAAGAAGGCUCCAGAAGAUCAGAGGCUGUACAAAGAUGAUCAAGUCCUGGAUGAUACGAAAACUCUGGAGGAUUGUGGUUUUACAACCCAAACCGCGAAAGCUCAAACUCCGGCAUUGAUUAGCUUGUCAUUCAGAGGAGAAGGUGCGUUGGUUGAUAAUGUACAAAAUUUAGUUGUCCUGAAACUUAUAGCGAUAUUAAUGAUUGAUGAGUGUUAACUGUAUACUUGUUAUUUGUUAUUCCGGGAUCUGUUCGUUGACAGAUUUGCAUAGACAUCGUGCUUAUCAUGUUUGUUGAAGUGAUUAGUAUAUAGCUUUCGAGUGAUCAUCGUCCUUAACUUAUUGUCAACUUUUAACUUCGAUACAUACAAUGAGUCCGUUAUUGACGGUCACCUUUUCAAAAUUUCGUUAAUUAAUUUUUAGGAGGGAAAUAAAGCUUUUUGUUUUAUUUUUUUGUGGACAAGGAAAAUUACGAAAGGAAGUACAACUACUCACUAUUAUCAACAGUCCAGUAUCUUUCUCUUUGACGAUUCUGAUGAUCAGAGAAGAUCUCAGAGAUAACUUUAGGGACAAGGACAAUUUCUACAAUAUUUGUUUUCAUUUGACCAUAGAUCAUUCAUCUUUGUCCAACAAAUAUAACUGGAAUCUUGCUUCUAAGUGAAAUGAUAGGUUGACUUUGAAUUACAAUAUGAUCUAGUGAUUUUUUAACUCUUUGAUUUAUCCUGUAAUUGAGUUAUUUUUUACCUCUCCAAAGCGUUUUCUGGUAAAAAUUUCAAAAAAUAAUUCUCUAGGCAAUAAAAUGUAGAAUUCUUAUUGCCUGGCUGCUAAGUGUUGUGUUAAAAUUACAAGGAAAGUUGAGAUGUUGAUUGGUUAUGGGACUCAAAGGGUUAACAGAGAUUGGAUUUUAGUAUAUAUAACUUAUGUCUACAUUGCUACAGUUUUUCUGAAGGUUAUGGGCACUUGAAAGAGCAAAUGCUGAAGAUUGCAAAUUACACUUAAAACUAAUCACAUUUUGAUCUUUGGAUGAUGAAGAGCUGCUUAAUCCAUGGGGUAAACUGUGAUUUAAGAAAUUAUAGAAAACAAAUAAUGAAAAAAUGGGAUUGAACCUGGCCUAUCCCUCCCUUCCAAAAGGAAUCAAACCCUAGACCUUGAGAUUUCAUGUUCUGAUGCUCAACCACUGAGCUACAGUGAACUCUGUGUUGAGUUUUGCCAUUACUAGUUCCAUAUGUGACAUGGGUUGUGCAUGCUGUUGGGAUCAGCAAUGUCUGAAGUGCGUGUGAGUAAAUAAGAUGAAAUAAAUGAAACAUUGAAUAUUAUGAGGCUAUGGAUGUUGAUUAAGCUAAAUACCUUGUUAUCCCUGUGUUUCAGAUGGAGAGUUUGAACCAGUUGUGAUCGCUCCUCAUUCCACCCCACCUGAAUUGCCAGAUGUGAUGAAACCCCAGGAGACUGUUUCUAACAGUGAUGGCUCAUAAAUGUUAUGUCCUAAAGUAUGAUUCUUUUUUUUUGUAGAUCAACUCAUACUCAACUCACAAACUAGUUGCAACUUUAGCGCCAUUGUUGACAAACUUAGAUUACAACAAACUGGCCAAAGCCUUGUGUGAUGAAAGAAUCAUUACUAUUAUAUAUUUAACUUUCUGGUUUACAAAUUCCCAUCCAUAGAUUUGAAGUAAUGUCGAUUAAAUGACUGGUAAAGAAAUGUUCUUGGAUAUUUAGGAAAAAAACCCUGGUUUAGUCAGUCAUGGGAGUACCAGCUAACAACAGAUCUUCAGUUUUAUUAAAAAAAAAAAAGAAUGUAAUAAUUCUACAGUCCAAAUAUUUUGGUAAUGCAAAGACAACCUAGUGCAAUUUUGGCCAUAACAUGGUAAAGAGCUCGCUUUUAAUGUUUUGAUGAAUGUGUAAUUUAUUCGCUAUUUCCCUGUUGAACUGAAAGCAAGGACUACUUUCUUACUGAUCUAAACUAAAAUGUCUUAAAACAUCAUUAAUCUGUAGUUCAUUGUUGAUUUGAAAUUUAAAGUAGUGGUUUUGUGUCUAGUAAAAUUUGUUCUAGCUGUGUAAUAAGUGUUUGUUUGGUGAUUUCAUCAUUUUCUUGUUUAACCCUUUAACUCCCAUAAGUGAUUAACAUGUAACUUCUCCCUGUAACAUCCACACAUAAUCCAACCAACAUGUGAUGAGAAUACUCAAACUUAUCAGG